AUGCCUCCAAGACUCGUCCGAUUCCAGACUACCAUCCCCAAUAGACUCAGUCACCACCCCCCUCCGAGCCUCCACCACAACCGCACCCGCAGCAACAAUACCACCACCACCACCUCGUCCUCCCCCAUCCGCAGCUUUCACCCAACCCCGCCCGGCAACAUGCGUAUCCCGUACGUCCCGAAUCCUCCUCCGGCGUCGAUCCCCGAGGCCGACAAGGCCGUGUACGAGCGCGUGGCGGCCCGCCGCGCCCCGCGCCCGCUGCAGCCGCUGGACCUGGCACUGCUGCACAGCCCACCCGUGGCCGACGGUUGGAACUCUUUCCUGGGCGCGGUGCGGACGCGCUCGUCGCUGGCCGCCGACCUGCGCGAGCUGGCCAUCUGCCGAGUUGCCGUCGUCAACACCGCCUGGUACGAGUGGAUGCAUCACGCGCCCUUGGCCCGCGAGGCUGGCGUCGCCGAGCGCGCCAUGGAGGACGUCGUCAAGCGCACCGAGCCGCUCGUCGGCCCGAACCCGUCGCAGGACGGCGGCCUGCUUUCGGAUAAGCAGUGGGCAGUGCUGAGGUACACGGACGAGAUGACGCGCAACGUGCGCGUCGCCGACGAGACGUUUGACCUGCUCAAGAGCCUCUUUUCGGAGCGUGAGGUUGUCGAGAUCACGGCCACGGUUGCUUGUUACAACUGCGUGAGCAGGUUUCUGGUUGCACUGGAUGUCGGGGAGAAGAAUAGCGUAGGGCCUGACGACAGCGCGCACUAA